UGCUUCGGAAUGAACGUCCUGGGAGGCUCCAGUAGAAGAGCCGGGAGGAGGAGGGGGAGGCAGCACCCCAUUGGUCAGUAGGACCUGUGGAGUCAGACCAUUGCCAUGCCAACCUAGCACUGCCUCUGAUUUCCUGGCAGCUGUCUUGUGGAGAACUGGGUGUGGCGGAGAAAGAUGUCACGCCAGGCAAAGCAACCGAGGAUCCGAAAAGGCAUCCGCCUGGAAUGGGGAACAGCUGGCUGCUGCCCUCUUCGAGGAACCGGGACAGCCGAUUGACCGCUGCGUGGUUGGCGACUCCAACUCCGCCGUCCGCUCUUCGUUGCAACUUUGCUGGAAAUUCCUGCUCAACUGAGCGUCCGGGGAAGGAUCGUCGAGCAACUCUGGGUUGAAACGGCGGCCGCUGCCAGUCCUUGCCUUCGCCCAAGUAUUGGGGUACGCUGCGAUCUUCUCGCCUUGGUGGGAGGUCACCCCAGCUUUGGCCCUGGGCGUGUCUGUUGGCUGGUCAUCUUUGCUCUUCUAGCGUCCCCGAAGCCUUCAACAGCCACCAAUCUCAGCUGGAUCUUUUCAAUCCAGUCCAAACUUUCAUGUCUGAGAUCAGAGCUCUCUCUCUUCAGUGGUGGCUCUGACUUUUCUUGCCUGAAUACUGGCUGUGUAAUAGCCAAGAGCAGAAGACGCUCUUCUCUCCGAGUUCUACUAAGUUUCACCUGUUCCUGAGAGCCUGCGGGUCCACAGCCAGGUGUGUCCCCCUGCCACUGUAUUGCUAGUGCCAUGGCUCAUUGCCAGCAACGGUGCAAGAAGCAGCUGGGGCGGGCGAUCCGUUUCUUCUACCAGUUUGUAACUGGGACCUUAUAUCAAGACAGCGUAGAGGAUGAGCUUGAGCUCUCCACCGUUUGUCAUCGGCCUGAGGGUCUGGAACAACUACAGGAACAAACUAAGUUUAGCCGCAAAGAACUACAAGUCUUAUACCGAGGCUUCAAGAAUGAAUGCCCUAGUGGGAUUGUUAAUGAAGAGAGCUUCAAGCAGAUCUACUCACAAUUCUUCCCACAGGGAGAUUCUAGUACAUAUGCAACUUUUCUUUUCAACGCAUUUGAUACUGACCACGAUGGCUCUGUCAGUUUUGAGGAUUUUGUGGCUGGUUUGUCCAUUAUUCUCCGUGGCACUAUAGAUGAUCGGCUCAGUUGGGCCUUCAAUCUCUAUGAUCUGAACAAAGAUGGCUGUAUCACCAAAGAGGAAAUGUUGGAUAUAAUGAAAUCCAUUUAUGACAUGAUGGGCAAGUACACUUAUCCAGCCAUGAGAGAAGAGGCACCCCAGGAACAUGUGGAAAAUUUUUUCCAGAAAAUGGAUCGGAACAGAGAUGGUGUGGUGACUAUCGAUGAAUUCAUUGAAUCCUGUCAGAAGGAUGAAAACAUCAUGAGUUCCAUGAAGCUUUUUGACAAUGUGAUCUAGCUGACCAUACCUGGAGCCAAGACCGUCAUAUGCACACCAGGGCUUCUCUGUUUGGUGUAUCCUGAGGCACUCUUCCCUUGGCUGCAUGGACAAAGCAGGCCCAUUUUUGUGGAGACAAUCCUCAUGUACUCAAGAUCCAACUGGGGUGGGAUGGGGAAUCCCUACAAGGGUAAUCAAAUGGGAGUCUUUGUUUGGAUUCAAUAAGGCUAGGCAAGGAGCGUGUCCUAGAAGCUCUUAUUCUGGGAAAUUAACUGCAAAACGAAUUGCCUUCCCUCAAAAAACUGCACUGAUCUAUCACUGUAUAAUGUGCUUUUCCUUAAGACUUCUCAAAAUCACAGCAACCCCAUGAUCCCACAUUAGGGCUUUCACACCCUCAAAUGGCAAUGUAAGCAUCAAUUGUUAAAAACUCUUGUAAAUGCACUCUUACCUUCAGGGAAGGGAGUCCAUCUGAUUUGCACCAAGGUUCUCAUAGCACAUGGAGUAAUAUUCUAAUGCUUCCAACAAGCGGAGGCAAUAUUUUUCAAUGUUAAGAUAUCUUGCAGUUCUGCUGUUACAUACAACUGAACUCAGCUUUUCUGGAGAAAACUGUAGAAGAAUGGUAUUUUGCUUUGAAAAUUCUUUUUUUGCACACACACACACACACACACACACACAUACACACACACACACACGGAUACUUUGUAUCACUCCAGAUUUAAGUGCAAAAGAAUUAUAACCUUUUUUUAGAAAUCAGGAGAUAAGUUACAAAUUAUGUUCAGAUUGCUAUUCAGAGAAAAAGUGCUUAACCAAAUAAUUGGGUCAAAGAUUUUCAUUGCUCCCUGACUUAGUAAAUAAGGUGCAAACGGAAUUAGAAACAAGGAAAUUUACUUAAUGGAAAUGUUUAGGUCAGAAUGGAAUCUAAAUCUAUUAGACAGUUGUCUGAAAUGGUAUAGGUUCUCCUGCUUGAGCAGUGGGCUGGACUAGAAGACCUCCAAAGUCCCUUCCAGCAAUAUUCUAUUCUAAGAAAAAAUUCUAUGAAGCCUCACUGGAUGUGUCACCAGAUGAUGAUGUUAUGAUAUUACUAUUAAUUACUUUCUGCAGCUAGAUACUCUACAGAAAUACCAAGAGCUCCAGUUUCCUUAAAUGAGAAACAAAGGGAUCAGCUAAAAGUUUUGGAUAGCAAUAUGCUUAAUGCCAUGGUAAUAUCCAUGUGUGAGGGCUCUGGACUCGUGGGAUUAGGCAAAAUUCAACAUUGUGCCUUGUCUUUGAAUUAUAUGUAUAGACAGAUUAGAAGCAGAAGUACUGUUGAAUGGAAGGGGGAACCCACAUGAGAGGAAUAGAAAAAAAAUCUAUUGAGAAAAUAGAGUGAGAUACACCUGGGUGUUCCUCUCCUGUGCCAACAAUCUCCUUUUUCUGUAAAGGAACUUUCCCUUAGCACUUGCAAAGGGUUAUUUUUAUGAUUUUGUUACUAUAGCAUUACCAUGAUAAACAGCCUAUGGGCCCUUCAGUUGUCAAAGCAUUACAAACAACAAACAACUUCAGAGCAUGCCAGGUUCUAUAUAGAACAUAACAGCAACGUAACAGACAUGUUGAAUAGGCACAGCAGGGAUGUAGUAAAGGGGGUGUGCUAGGGAAAUCAUUAGUAGAGGAACAAGUGGACAAAACUUAGGUUAUUUAUAAAGCACUUUGAAAAAAAAGUGAAGCCUUUUUUAAAGGGUUUAAGUAAAAAUGAAAAUAAAUACAAGGGUGCUGAUAAUAGAACAGCUGUGUAAACUCAGGAGUACAACAUGGAAACUACAUGAAAAAGGAAGAGAAGCAAUAUGGAGUAAAAAUAUGAGAAAAGAGGAGAAACUUAACACUGAAUAUAUUGACAAAGGUCAAUUUAAGGGAAAAUGUAAUAUGGCAAGAGAUGAGACCACUUGGGAUAUUCUGAAUAAACUGGAGGAAAAAUGCCCAGCACAAGGGAAUAAAGUAAUGAAGAUAUUAUACUGAAUCAAGAUAGGAGGCAAUAGGAAAAUAGGUAGGCUUUGAUAUUUAAAUUAAAAAAGAAAACAAGCAGCAAACAUGAAAAUUCUAACAGAUGGAAAACUGAAUCAUAACAGACCAAGAAAAUACCAAAGUAUAUUGUUAUCACUAUAUACUAGCCUUUCCCCAAAAUGAUGCCCACAAAUUGACUGGGCUAUUAUACAUCUGAAAAAACAUGUUGUAUCUGAAGAAAUCCUGCAGAAUUAUUACUACAGCAGUUUUUAAGAACUCCCAAUCAGCACAACCAUAUUAUAGAAGCUGCAAUCUUAAUAAAUGAAAGGCACUAGAUUGAGAAGUAUGCAACAGUUAAUAUUUAAUAAAUAGAUGGCUAUUUUUCAUCUUUUCAUCCCCUGAAAUAAAUGGUUUUUCUAAUAUACAAA